AUGGCCUCCUCAGCACCAGCCCACGAGAAGGCCGUGAUAAUUGGUAUUUCAGGACCCUCCAGCAGCGGCAAGACAACCCUCGCCCGCCUCCUCCAGCGUAUAUUCUGCGGGGUGAAUCUGGACAAAACCACCCAUCUAAACACAUUCAUAAUCCACGAAGAUGAUUUCUACUUCCCAGAUGACAAAAUCCCAUACAUGACAACGCCCAGCGGCACAAGGAUCCAAGACUGGGAUACCGCCGCCGCAAUCGACAUCCCCUUCCUCACGCAAGCGCUGACCUACGUCCGCGAAAAUGGCACGCUGCCGCCGCGCCUGCGCAGCAAAGAAGACCAGAAUUCGCAGACGGAGUCUGGGGUGUCUGAUGCGGUUGUUGCGGAAUUGCGGGGUGUUGCUGAGACGCGAUUGAAGGGACGGAUGGGGCCAACGAUUGCGUUCCUGGAGGGGUUUUUGCUGUUCGCGCCGCCGGGGGAGGAGGGGCAUGUGUUGCGGUCUGUGCAUGAGGCGAUCCAGUUGCAUUUGUUUUUGCCGGCGGGGUAUGGGGUUGUGAAGGAGAGGAGGGAGGGGAGGAGUGGGUAUGUGACUGUUGGGCCGGCGCCGGAGCCGGUGGAGGGGGAAAGGGAUGGUGUGCAUGAGUCUGUGGUGGAUUUGGAGGGGGAGGAUGAUCGGCCGCCGCAGAAUUUCUGGGUUGAUCCGCCGGGGUACGUGGAUUAUGUUGUUUGGCCGCGGUAUGUGAGGGAUCAUGCUUGGUUGUUGGUUGCGGAGGGGGAUGAUGGGUGUGGGAGUCAGGAGUCGGAGGCGGAUCUUGUUCGGAGGGUUGGGGAUGGGACGAGGGUUAGGACUAAUGUUGGGGUUGAGGUUGCGCCAGGAAGUGGGAGUGCUGGGAUGGAAGCUGUUUUGAGAUGGGCGGUUGAGUUGGUUUUGGACUAUCAUUUGGGUCGGGCGUAG